AUGCCGCCGCGCGAGGGCGCCGCCGCCGCGGCCCGCUCUCUGACUUGGCUCACCUCCCCGAGCCGCUCGCGCGACGCCGCCCUCGCGCUCGCGGCCGCGACGCUCUGGGGAUGCGUCCUGUACCUCGCCCUCGGCGCGUCCGCGGCGCCGCGCGGCGCCGUCUUCGCCGUCUUCGUCCUCUACGUCGCCGCCGCCGCGCUCGGCCGUCUCUGCGCGCUUUUCCCGCCGACGCCGCCGCUGCUCGGGCACCUAGGCGCGCGUCUGCGCGGGCCCGUCGCGCGGCUCGCGCUCGCGCCGAGCACCGCGGAGGUGGUGGUCGUGACGCUGACGACGCGCGCGUGCGUUGGGUUGCCGUGGGGGUACUGCGUCGUCGUCGGGUUCCUCUUCGGCGCGCUGUCGCCCGCGAUCGUCGUGCCGUCGUUGCUUAAGUACGACGAGGACAGGAAAAAAAUCCUCUGCGGCGGCGGCGGCGGGAGGGAGGAGGGGUCGCGGAGCCCCCCUCGUAACGCGCGGCGCGGGCGCGUUACCAUCGGAUGCCCCAAAGGAGGAGACGACCCGAAAGGCGGCGGCGGCGGCGGCGGCAUCGGCGAGGACGGGCUCGCGACGAUCGGCGUCACCGCGGCGAGCGUGGACGUGACGUACGCCAUCGCCGGCUUCGGCGUCGCGUGGAGCGUGAUCGACGGGUCGACGGAUCCGACGACGGCGGCGUGGAAAGCGCCCGUCGCGUUGCUCGCGGGCGUCGUCGUCGGCGUCGUCGCCGGCGUGGGCCUGGGCGCGCUCUUCCCGCGCGGAGACGAGGACGAGGACGACGACGAGGACGCGGACGGGAGCGCGGUGAACGGGAGCGUGGUGACCGACGGUGACGGUUCGGGUUCCGUCCGCCCCCAGAACGGUGACGGUUCGUAUCGCGCCGCGCGCGAGGACGUCGACGACGCGCGCGCGUUCGCGCUGCUGACGACGUCGCAGUCCAUCUUAUUCCUCGGGUCGCACCUCGACGCCACCGGCGGCGCGAGCGUCGGCGUCAUACUCGCCAGCGCGUUCGCCGCGCGAAUGUACGGGGACGCGGCGUCGACGCGCGCGGAGAAACCCCUCGCGGUGAUAUGGAGUCAGGCGCGUUCUAUACGCCGGUCCCCGUACGACCGCGUCGGCGCGGUGAACGCCGCUCCUUAG